AUGUUGAUGGUGGAGUCAAAUGAUGCGCCAUUACACGUGGCCUUUCUUGCAGUGCCCGUAGAACAACAAGAGCCGGUGGCUGCCGAAGAAGAUAAAAAGCAUGACAAUAAUGCCGCAACGCACGAUGACAGACGCAUGGAUGAUGAAGCUUCAAUCUUAACGGAUAAAAUUUUGGAGAUCCCUACCGAACUAGACAAGCAAGAAAUUGUGCCAGUCGCAGUUGAUGAAACGCCACAGGAAUCUGUUGAGAAACUAGAAGUCGCCGCAUUAAACGCUGGGGAAGGCUUGGACAGUGAGAAUACAAUCAGCGCCGAACAUGAAACUCUAGCUGACAUGAUCUCGGACGCAGUGCUGGAAGUGGAAAAGGGUAUGGAAGAAGCACAAUUGGCAAAUGAAUCAGCAAACAAUGCUGCGGCUACGGAAGUACAGGAACCCACUUUGGCAGCAGUCGAGGAGGCAGAAUAUUCUAAAUACCAACAGGACGAGGAAAAACAGCCGGCCAUUGAGAGCUCAUCGGCAAUGGAAGAACAUAAAUUACCCGUGAUUGUUUCCGUGCCCAUCGACGCAAUACAAACGCAGCAUGAAAAUAGUGAAGAAGAUGUCGAACACUCGCUUGAGAGUGAAGCGAUUGUAGAAGAAGCUAAUUUGGAAGAAAAUGAAAUUAAAGAGGACACAAAAGAACAAUUAGUGGAAAAUGAAAAUACUGAAGAAGUAGCAGCAAGGCCGGCUGAAAGUAUUGAGCCUGCAGAACUUGUGCCAGUGGAGAGCACUGCUGUUCAGCCAAAUGAAGGAGACUUGGAGGCACAUAACGAGCAGAUUGAAAACGUGUCAGAGCCGCAAGAUUUGGCGGAAGAUUCUGAGCACGCACAAAACGUUGAACAGCAUAUUGAAGGGCAUGAAAUAAUAAAUAGUGUGACGGAAGUCAAAAGGGAAGAAAAUUUGGAUGACAUCAAAGCAGAGACAAGUGCAGGCGCCGAGGAGGAUGAAGUAAAUCCAAUGGCAGAAUCUAUUGAAAAAGAAAUAACAGCGGAGAUAGCCGGCAUGAUUGCUGAAGAAAAGGGGGAGCUUGCACAGAACGAGGACAAUCGGGAAGAUGGCAAGCAAGAAGAAGCGAUGAAAGAGGAUAGUCAAACGGAGGAGGACCACAAAAUAACGAAUGAUAUUCAAAUAGCUGAAGAACCCCAAAGAGCAGAAGUAGUCGACGCAGCAGUUGGAGAUCAAAUUGCGGAAGAGA